CAACAUCAGAAGUAGCACCAAUUGCGAGUGGAGAUUCCUUUUUCAUUUAUUGAGAUUUGAACUGGUUCCAAAUCAAAAUAUAGAAAGUAUAAAAUUAAUCAGUGCCCUCAAAUUAACAAGGAAAUGGACACGACUCAGUUAGCACGAUUUAUGAACCUGGGGAAAAAAAUUGUCGGAGUCGGACUCAACUACAGGGCCCUUUUAAUUGAGAGGAAUCUGCAGGCGCCACCCAAUCCGGUCAUAUUUCUCAAACCGACCUCUUCCUACAUUGCUGAGGGGCAAAGUAUAGAGAUACCUGAGGGAUUUGUAGUUAAUCAAGAAACAGAGCUUGGAGUUGUUGUGGGAAAAACUUGCAGAAAUAUCACUGAGGAGGAGGCAAGAAAGUCGAUCGGAGGCUAUUGUCUUGCACUCGACAUGACAGAAGUCAAGCAUUUGGCUACUUGGAGGCAGCAAGGCAUGCCGUGGAGUUUGAGCAAGGGCUUUGACACCUCUUGCCCUGUGAGCCGUUUUGUGUCCUGCUCGGAACUGCCUGAUCCAGAGAAUGUAAAUUUAUGGUGCAAGGUCAAUGGGAAAAUGUGCCAGACGGGAAACACCUCUGACAUGCUCUUCUCUGUGGCCACCGUGAUGAGCUACGUCAGCAAAAUAAUGACCCUCGAGCCCGGCGACCUCAUUUUGACCGGGUCACCUCCAGGGAUGAUCGACGUCAAAGCUGGGGACGUUAUUGAGGCAGGUCUUGGAGACGUUUUAUCAAUGAAGUUCCCCAUCGUUGAUCGGAAAUGAUCAUUAUCUUGUUGCCAUGGUUUUUUAAUGUUGUUGUUGAGAGCUAUUUUUAUAUCAAAUGGGUGAAUAUAUAAAUAUUCUGACUUGCCAAUAUGGUUCAAUAAAAUUUUAAAAAUUAAAUGAU